AUGUCCAACAAGGUUCAUGAAAGGGGCAUGGAGAUGGAAGAAGAAGGUUCUAAAAAGGCAACUAGAAAGAUUCAAGAACUUCCAAAGAAGAUUCUAAAAGAUAUAUGGAAAGUUGGGAAAGACGAUCCAAGAAGAGUGAAACAUGCUUUAAAAGUAGGAGUUUCUUUGACACUUGUCUCCUUACUGUAUCUCCUAGAACCUCUUUUCAAAGGCAUUGGAAGUAAUGCAAUGUGGGCAGUCUUGACUGUUGUGGUCGUUCUUGAGUUCUCUGCCGGUGCAACCUUGUGUAAGGGGCUUAAUAGAGGAUUAGGGACACUAAUUGCAGGUUCUUUGGCAUUUUUCAUUGAAUUUGUCGCUAAAGAUUCUGGCAAAAUCUUCCGAGCAGUUUUCAUCAGUGCUUCAGUUUUUAUCAUUGGAGCGGCGAUAACGUAUCUAAGAUUUAUCCCGUACAUAAAAAAGAACUACGAUUAUGGCAUGCUUAUAUUUCUCUUGACGUUUAAUCUAAUAACAGUGUCAAGUUAUAGAGUUGAUGCUGUGAUUAAGAUUGCACACGAGAGAUUCUAUACUAUAGCCAUUGGUGUUGGUGUUUGCCUCUGCAUGACCCUUUUGUUUUUUCCUAUAUGGUCCGGUGAGGACCUCCAUAAGAGUACCGUUGCUAAGCUUCAAGGCCUCUCUUUUUCCAUCGAAGCAUGUGUGAAAGAGUACUUUGGAGAGGAGGAAAAAGACAAGGAGACAUCAGAUUCAUCAGAAGAUAUGAUCUAUGAUGGUUAUAAGACAGUUUUAGAUUCUAAAUCCACCGAUGAAGCACUUGCAAUGUAUGCAAGUUGGGAGCCAAGACAUACAAGACAUUGUCAUAGAUUCCCAUGGCAACAUUAUGUUAAAGUUGGAGCUGUUCUUCGUCAGUUUGGUUACACUGUUGUCGCUCUUCAUGGUUGCUUGAAAACCGAAAUUCAGACUCCUAGUUCUAUACGUGUACUCUUUAAGGAUCCAUGCGUUAGAUUAGCCGGAGAAAUCUGCAAAGUUUUGACGGAACUCGCCGCAAGCAUUCAAAACCGACGACGUUGUUCGCCGGAGAUUCUCUCAGAGAGUCUCCAAGUGGCAUUACAAGAUCUCAACUCCGCCAUCAAAUCACAACCUAAGCUCUUCUUCGGCUCCGACGACAACGUUUCCCAAAACGGCAAUAGCGGUAGACAUAACCAAAACGUUCCGGUUACGCAACACAUAAAUAAAGACGCAAAUGACGACAUAUCGCAUCAAAACGAGACUGGAUCACCUCUUGGGCAAAACACUGGAACGCCACGCGGUGGAAACAAAUCACGUUUCGGACCAAACGACGGUGCAAGUUCGUUUUCAAGACUGAGGGCUGAUACGUUGGAACGGAGAUCGACGGCGGCGACCGGAGAGCGACGUAUACUGAUGAAACAACUGAGCAGGAUAGUGGUGAUGACGAGUCUUGAAUUCUCGGAGGCGUUACCGUUUGCUGCCUUUGCGUCGCUUCUUGUGGAAAUGGUUGCUAGGCUUGAUAAUGUGAUUGAGGAAGUGGAGGAGCUGGGAACGGUCGCGUGCUUCAAGGAGUACGAUGGUAACGUUGUUGAUCGGACGGAUGUGGAGGUAGUCGAGAAUCCGGCGGAUCUAGUGGUUGGCGUGGAGUGA